AUGUCGUCCAAUAUAGAGGACGAUGAUGCGCCUCCGGAGCUGGUUGAUGUCUCCGAGGUGCCGGAGCAGCCAGCCUCUAUAGAGGAGGAACAGACCCCUCGAGUUCCCAUUACCCUUGUUACAGGGUAUCUGGGUGCGGGCAAGACUACCCUGUUGAAAUAUAUUCUGACCGAGAAACAUGGCAAGAAGAUUGCUGUGAUCAUGAACGAAUUUGGUGACUCAUCGGACAUCGAAAAGCCCUUGACAGUAAACGAGGGCGGCCAAGAAGUCACUGAAUGGAUGGAAGUCGGAAACGGGUGCAUCUGCUGCUCAGUGAAAGACUCAGGCGUCAUGGCCCUGGAAUCCCUCAUGGAACGCCGGGGUACAUUCGACUACAUCCUGUUAGAAACCACCGGUCUGGCCGACCCAGGCAACAUCGCCCCGGUUUUCUGGAUGGAUGAGGGACUGGGCAGCUCGAUCUAUCUAGAUGGGAUCGUGACGCUAGUCGACGCAAAAAACAUAUUGCACCUGCUCGACGAACCAACCCCCGAAGAGAAGGCCGAGUCUCAUAAUGCCGACCACGAUCACGGUUCCGGCCCGGUGCUCUCCAUGGCGCAUAUGCAGAUUUCCCACGCCGAUGUGAUUAUCCUGAACAAGACGGAUCUGGUCUCUGCGCAGGAGUUGGAAGCCGUGACGGACCGUAUCUCGUCUAUUAAUAGCAUUGCGAAGAUUCAUGAGACGGAUCACAGCCGCACGCCACAGAUUGAAGGCGUGGUACUGGAUUUGCAUGCAUACGAUCAUCUAGCGGACAUGGACUUUAGUGAAAAAGGGCAUAGUCACAUUGACCCGGCUAUUUCUACUUCUGCUAUCCUUACCCCUCCAAUCUCCGCUACGAAAGUUCCCAAAAUCGACGAGUGGCUUCGCUCCGUGCUUUGGGAAUCAGUACUUCCAGAGUCACCCAACACGCCACCCGAGUCUCAUCCUACAAAUUUUGAGAUCCACAGACUGAAGGGUAUCGUUUACCUUGAAGACGGAUCAAGCAAGAUUAUCCAGGCCGUGCGAGAUGUCUUCGAGAUUCGGGACUCGGAGCCCUGGCAGAAGGAUGGUAAUGAGAUUCGGUGCAAGAUCGUUCUAAUCGGCAGAGGACUGGGAUCGAGUGUAGAUCCGUGGCGGGAGAGCCUCGAGUCAUAUGUGCAUGGUAUGUAG